GGGCGAGGUCAUCGGAAAGCGUCUUUGCAAACGCUUGCCUCUAUAGAUUUCUCGUUUUUUCGAGAUUUUCUUUGAUUUUUAUUCGAUUUUAACUCUCUUUUUCAUCGAAAAUGAGGGAGUGCAUCUCGAUCCACAUCGGUCAGGCUGGGAUCCAGGUCGGAAACGCUUGCUGGGAGCUCUACUGCCUCGAGCACGGGAUUCAGCCUGAUGGCCAAAUGCCAAGUGACAAGACUGUCGGUGGAGGUGACGAUGCUUUCAACACCUUCUUCAGUGAGACUGGUGCAGGAAAGCAUGUGCCCCGUGCUGUCUUCGUCGAUCUUGAGCCCACCGUGAUUGAUGAGGUGAGGACCGGUACCUACCGCCAGCUCUUCCACCCUGAGCAGCUCAUUAGCGGCAAAGAAGAUGCAGCCAACAAUUUUGCCCGUGGACACUAUACCAUUGGCAAGGAGAUUGUUGAUCUCUGCCUCGACCGCAUCAGGAAGCUAGCUGACAACUGCACUGGACUUCAGGGUUUCCUUGUGUUCAAUGCUGUUGGUGGAGGCACUGGCUCCGGGUUGGGCUCACUUCUUCUUGAGCGUCUCUCUGUGGACUAUGGCAAGAAGUCGAAGCUCGGAUUCACUGUUUACCCAUCUCCUCAGGUCUCGACCUCAGUUGUUGAGCCCUACAACAGUGUGCUGUCAACUCACUCCCUUUUGGAGCACACUGAUGUUGCGGUUCUCCUUGACAAUGAGGCUAUCUAUGAUAUCUGCAGGCGUUCUCUUGACAUUGAGCGCCCAACUUACACCAACCUCAACCGUCUCGUGUCUCAGGUUAUUUCAUCUCUGACUGCCUCCUUGAGGUUUGAUGGUGCACUCAAUGUUGAUGUUACUGAGUUCCAGACCAACUUGGUCCCUUACCCGAGGAUCCACUUCAUGCUUUCAUCCUAUGCUCCUGUCAUCUCUGCAGAGAAAGCCUACCAUGAGCAACUCUCAGUCGCCGAGAUCACCAAUAGCGCCUUUGAGCCUUCCUCCAUGAUGGCCAAGUGCGACCCUCGCCAUGGCAAGUACAUGGCUUGCUGCCUCAUGUAUCGUGGUGAUGUCGUCCCCAAGGACGUCAAUGCUGCUGUUGCUACCAUCAAGACCAAGCGCACGAUCCAGUUCGUUGACUGGUGCCCCACUGGAUUCAAGUGCGGUAUCAACUACCAGCCGCCAACUGUGGUCCCUGGAGGAGACUUGGCCAAGGUGCAGAGGGCUGUGUGCAUGAUCUCAAACUCGACUAGUGUUGCUGAGGUGUUCUCGAGGAUUGAUCAUAAGUUUGAUCUCAUGUAUGCGAAGAGGGCUUUUGUGCACUGGUAUGUGGGUGAGGGUAUGGAGGAGGGUGAGUUCUCGGAGGCUCGUGAAGAUCUCGCGGCGCUUGAGAAGGAUUAUGAGGAGGUUGGUGCUGAGUCUGCUGAGGGUGAGGAUGGCGAUGAGGGUGAUGAGUAUUAAGGGGAGCUUCUUGCUGCCUGAUUCUCUUAUCUUGUUGUGGCUGUUAUCUAGGUUGUCCUGUUGCUAUUUGUUUGUGUUUUCUCUUUUGCUUGAUGUGAGUCUGUGUUGAACUCUGGUAUGCUUUUAUAUGAAGAGUAUUGCCUUUUAAGGCCUUAUCUACUAGUAUUUCUGCAUU